CAGCAAAUGACAGCACUGUUCGCUCCUGCAGAAGCCAGUGUGAGACGGCUAACCGCCAACAAACAAUUCCUCUGACUCGAGAAAUCUGAUGAUCGGCUGUGUUUAGAGAAAUAGUGAACAACCAGAACGCGCUAACUCCGUUUGUCAUUUACCUCUCUGCCUGUGUGAGCUGGUGAAGAUGGUGAAGCCAGAUAUCCACACUCUGGCCCACCACCUGAAGCAGGAGCGGCUGUAUGUAGCGUCGGAGAAGCAGCUCAUCCAGAGGCUCAACAGUGAUGUGCUGAAGACAGCCGAGAGGCUGUACCGGGCUGCAUGGAUCGCCAAGCAGCAGAGGAUCAACCUCGAUCGUCUCAUUCUCACCAGUGCGGAGGCUUCUCCGGCUGAAUGCUGCCAACAUGCCAAAAUGCUGGAAGACACCCAGUUUGUUGAUGGCUACAAGACUCUGGGCUUCCAGGAGACGAUCUAUGGCGAGUUCUUGGCCAGGUUAAGGGAGAACCCUAGACUGGUGGCUUCCUGUUUGGUGGCAGGCGAGAGGCUGAACCAGGAGCACACCCAGUCAGUCACCCAUACAGUCUUCACCUCUCUUUAUGGCAACUGUAUUAUGCAGGAGGAUGAGAGCUACCUGUUACAGGUGUUGCGAUACCUGGUGGAGUUUGAGCUGAAAGAGAGUGACAACCCUCGCCGCCUACUGCGACGGGGAACCUGUGCCUUCAGCAUCCUUUUCAAGCUCUUCUCUGAGGGCCUGUACUCAGCCAAGCUCUUCCUCACUGCCACCCUCCAUGAACCCAUUAUGCAGCUGCUGGUGGAGGAUGAAGACCACCUGGAGACUGACCCAGCCAAGGUGACAGAGCGCCUCACUCCGGCCCAGCAGGAACGCUUCGGAGAGAAGGGCUCUGAGGGCUACAAACAAAGGGUGCAGGCAGCUGUGGAGGCCAAUGAGGCCAAGCUGGUGGCUCUGGUCAACAAAUUUAUUGGUUACCUGAAGCAGAACACCUACUGCUUUCCCCACAGCCUGCGUUGGAUUGUGUCGCAGAUGUACAAGACUUUGUCAUGUGUGGAGCGUCUUGAGGUGGGCGAGGUGCGCACCAUGUGUACAGACCUGCUGCUGACCUGCUUCAUUUGCCCAGCUAUAGUUAACCCAGAGCAGUAUGGUAUCAUCUCAGAUGCCCCCAUCAAUGAAGUAGCCCGCUUCAAUCUAAUGCAGGUGGGGCAGCUUUUGCAGCAGUUGGCCAUGGCUGAUGAUGAUGCAGACCCAAGGCGGAAAAGCAGUUUGUCCAAAUUUGAUAAGAGUUGUGUUGCUGCCUUUCUGGAUGUGGUGAUUGGAGGAAGAGCAGUUGAGACCCCACCCAUGUCCUCAAUGAACCUUUUGGAAGGCCUCAGUAGGACUGCGGUCUAUAUCACACAUAAUCAGCUGCUGGUGCUGGUGGACUUUGUGCGGAACGUGAUGGCAGGGGACCACCUUCGGGAGGAGGAGCACAUGGCUCUGGAGACCCUGGUUGCCAACGUGCCCCAGUCUCGAACUGUGAAGAGCAACAGUCUGGAGCUCACUCCCUCCAACACCCCCCAGCUCUCCCCGGCUACCACUCCUGCCAACAAGAAGAACAGGCUCCCCAUAGGACAACACUUAGCUGCUAUAACAUCCUGGGACCCCACAACUACCACUCUGUCUGCUCACAUUCCAUUAGUAACCCCUUUUGCUGCUCGCAGCCGCAGCCGUACCAACAUAGCCCAGGAGGGGGAGGCAGAGGCCAGCUCCCAAGAGUCCCUACAGGAGCUGAUGCCAGAGGAGGUGCUGGUGAUUUCACUAGGAACUGGCCCACAGUCUGUCCCUGGGAUGAUGUCAGAGAAUGAGGUAUUGAACCUGCAGAUGGCUGAUGGAGCCCAGGGGGAUGGCCAUGCUGAUGAUACCAAGCUGCAUGGUAAACCAGACAAAACUCUGCGCUUCUCCCUCUGCAGUGACAACUUGGAAGGCAUCUCAGAGGGCCCAUCCAAUCGUUCUAACUCUGUGUCAUCUCUGGACCUGGAGGGAGAGUCUGUUUCUGAGCUUGGAGCCGGACCUUCAGGGAGCAACGGGGUGGAGGCUCUACAGCUUUUGGAGCAUGAACAGGCUACUACUCAGGACAACCUGGAUGACAAACUGCGCAAGUUUGAGAUUAGAGACAUGAUGGGUCUGACAGAUGAUCGCGACAUCUCUGAGACAGUCAGCGAAACCUGGAGCACCGACGUGCUUGGCAGUGACUUUGACCCCAACAUGGAUGAAGAUCGGCUGCAGGAAAUAGCAGGGGCAGCUGCGGAGAACAUGCUCGGCAGCCUGCUGUGUCUUCCUGGCUCGGGUUCAGUACUGCUGGACCCCUACGGCUCCACCAUCUCAGAGACCACAAGCGAGGCCUGGAGUGUGGAGGUCCUUCCCAGUGACUCAGAAGCCCCAGACCUGAAGCAGGAGGAGCGCCUGCAGGAGCUGGAGAGCUGCUCAGGGGUUGGCAGUACCUCUGAUGACACAGAGGUCAGAGAGGUCAGCUCGAGACCCAGCACACCAGGUCUCAGUGUCGUCUCAGGCAUCAGCGCAACCUCAGAAGACAUCCCCAACAAGAUCGAGGACCUGCGGUCAGAGUGCAGCUCAGACUUUGGAGGGAAGGACUCUGUGACCAGUCCAGAUGGGGAGGAGUCAGGCCACGGAGCACACCAUCUGACAUCUCCACCGUCACAGGCCGAUUCCUUACUGGCCAUGUUCGAUCCCCUCUCCUCCGGUGAAGGCUCCUCCACUGGCACAAUAGUGAGGCCCAAAGUGCACUACGCCAGGCCCCCUCACCCUCCCCCCGAUCCUCCCAUCCCUGAAGCCAGUGCCCUGGGGCAGGAGACGCGCCACUCUCUCUUCACGCCCCACUGCCUGGUCCAGGCUGAGCUGGAGCACACCAAGCAGCGCCACUCCUUCCCUGACAGGCUGGUCCGUAGCCGCAGCUCUGACAUCGUGUGCCCAGGCCGCCGGCCCACAAGUGACCCCGGCCUUAACCGGCGGGUCGCGGCCGAAGAGCGUGACCCUGCCGGGGCCUUCGCCUUAGGACCGUCCUCGUCCCCCAGCAAGGACUCCCUGAAAGGGGAGGUUGAGGACAGGAAAGACAGUGAUGAUGAGAAGUCUGAUCGCAACAGGCCAUGGUGGAAGAAACGUUUUGUGUCAGCCAUUCCCAAAGCGCCCAUAGCUGCAUUUCGGAAAAGGGACAAGCACGAGAAAGACGACAUUGUCCCGGAGCGUGUUCCACAAGAUGACCCGUUGCCCAGACAGAGCUCUCAAGCACAGGCAGCUGAAGACAUCCUGGACAAGUACAGGAACAUCAAAAGGACCAGCCCGAGUGAUGGAGCCACAGGCGGAGCUUCUUAUGAUGGUACAGGAGAUCUGUGUGUUGAGGACAGCGUUCACGACUCUCCUAGAGAAGACACUCUGCAGAACAUCUCCACAGAUGACCUCCCAGACUCAGCCAGCCAGACAGCACAGCAGCAUGACUCCAAGUUCUCUUUCAGUGAUGCAAAGAAGAAGUUGCGGUUGGCGUUGUGUUCUGCAGACUCAGUUGCUCUGCCCAUCAUGGCUCCUGCGACCACACGAAAUGGGCUGCCUGACCACAUGGACUCUGAAGACAAUGAGAUCGUCUGCUUCCUGAAGGUCCAACUGGCAGAGGCCAUCAACCUUCAGGAUAAGAACCAGAUGGCCCAGAUCCAGGAGACCACGCGCUGUGUCAGCCGCUUCGACGCACGCACCUGCAGGAAGCUGCUGGCUGCCAUUGCGGAGGAUUACAGAAAGCGGGCGCCAUACAUCGCUUAUCUAACCAGGUGUCGUCAGGGCCUGCAGACCUCUCAGGCCCACCUGGAGAGGCUCCUCCAGAGGGUGCUGAGAGACAAGGAGGUAGCUAACCGCUACUUCACCACCGUCUGUGUCAGGCUCCUUCUUGAGCACAUGGAGUCCAGGAUGCUUGACUUCAUCAAAGCGUUCCAGGGGUGCACAGCAGCGGAUGACAAGACAGCAGCAGUGGAGGAUUUUCUGCGCUACUUGUACGGCGCCAUGGCCCGUGAUGCCAUUUGGCAGUACGCUAGCGAGGACCAGCUGCAGGACGCCCAGAUGGCUAUCGAGCGCAGCGUUAUGAACCGCAUCUUCAAACUGGCCUUCUACCCCAACCAGGAUGGAGAUAUUCUCAGAGACCAGCUUUUCCACGAACAUAUCCAGCGGCUCACAAAAGUUGUGACGGCCAAUCAUAAAGCUCUGCAAAUCCCAGAGGUUUACCUGAAGGAGGCUCCCUGGCCCUCUGCACAGUCUGAGAUCAGGACCAUCAAUGCAUACAAGACACCACGAGACAAAGUCCAGUGUAUACUGCGCAUGUGUUCCACCAUCAUGAACCUCCUCAGUCUGGCCAAUGAAGACUCUGUCCCUGGAGCGGAUGACUUUGUCCCUGUGCUUGUCUUUGUCCUCAUAAGGGCAAACCCGCCCUGCCUGCUGUCCACCGUUCAGUACAUCAAUAAUUUCUAUGCCAGCCGGCUGAGUGGGGAGGAGUGCUAUUGGUGGAUGCAGUUCACCGCGGCGGUGGAAUUCAUUAAGACCAUCGACGAUCGCAAGUGAAGCAGAACAGCCACCUGUAUGGGCAGACUGCGGGGGAAGGAGCCGGGAGACUGGGAGACUUCCCAACCAACUGCUCCCUCUGCAGAGCUUAUAAAACCUGGCCGUCAGCCUGCUCUUUAUUUGUAUAGCUUGUACAUAGCCAGAGACGUUGAAAGAGUACAAAAUAUAUAUUACUGUAUGUAUGUGGACAAAUCCAGGUUUAAGCCGUGUUGAGAAAAAAAAAAACGGCCUUGGGGGAAAAAUUGGCAAGAUGUUAACUCUGAACCUGAUUUGGAUUUUUUCCUUUUUGUCUCUUCAAUCAUGUUUCACGUUUGGGGUCUGUAUUAGAAAUUUUAUAUAUACACACAAUUACCAAUAUGACAUUAAAUCAACCUAAAAGAUAAUCCUAUAUAAAGGGACCAGACUUCCUUGAUGUGAUCACUGAUCUUUUUAUUCCCCCCUGAGUGAGAGGGAAGGGCUUCCAAUUAAAUUACAAUAUAAUGUUCAUUAAAUGCACUGUAAC